CUGAGGCCCCCGCACGUGGGGCGGGGGCGGGGGUGAAUGAAGUGGAAGCGAUUCCCCCGCCCCCGCGCUUACCUCCCGCGCCCUGCGCGGCCCGCCCCCCGCGGCGCCCAGUCCCGCGCCCGCCGGCCCGCCGGCUGCACGCGACCCUGCGGUCCGGCUCCCUCGGGCGCCGACCCCGCGCCGCGGACCCGCGAUGGCCAAGCGCAGCUCGCUGUCCAUCCGCAUCGUGGAGGGGAAGAACCUGCCCGCCAAGGACAUGGUCCACACGGCCCGCCCGCAAGUGGAGCAGCGGCGAGGGUGUGGCGAGUGUGGCCGCCGUGGGGGACUGGAAGGGAAUGGGGACGCACCGGCAGCAGCGACCCCUACUGCAUCGUGAAGGUGGACAAUGAGCCUAUCAUCCGGACAGCCACUGUGUGGAAGACCCUGUGUCCAUUCUGGGGCGAGGAGUACCAGGUGCACCUGCCGCCCACCUUCCACGCGGUGGCCUUCUACGUCAUGGAUGAGGACGCCCUCAGUCGGGACGACGUUAUCGGGAAGGUCUGCCUUACCAGGGACAACCUGGCUGCUCACCCAAAGGGUUUCAGCGGCUGGGCCCACCUGACGGAGGUCGACCCUGACGAGGAGGUGCAAGGCGAGAUCCACCUGCGCCUUGAGGUGGUCCCGGGGACGCCGGCGGGUCGGCUGCGUUGCUCUGUGCUGGAGGCCAGGGACCUGGCCCCCAAGGACCGGAACGGUGCAUCUGACCCCUUCGUCCGAGUGCGCUACAACGGCCGGACACAGGAGACCUCGAUUGUGAAGAAAUCGUGCUACCCACGCUGGAAUGAGACAUUCGAGUUUGAUCUGGAAGAGGGGGCCGCGGAGGCGGUGUGUGUGGAGGCUUGGGACUGGGACCUUGUCAGCCGGAAUGACUUCCUGGGCAGAGUGGUGUUCAAUGUCCAGAGACUGUGGGCGGCCCAGCAGGAGGAGGGCUGGUUCCGGCUGCAGCCCGACCAGUCCAAGAGUCGGCGGGGAGAGGGCAGCCUGGGCUCCUUGCAGCUGGAGGUGCGGCUGCGGGACGAGACGGUACUGCCCUCCGGCUGCUACCAGCCCCUGGUGCAGCUGCUGUGCCGUGAGGUGAAGCUGGGCACCCAGGGCCCAGGGCAGCUGAUACCUCUUAUAGAGGAGACAACGAGCACAGAGUGCCGCCAGGAGGUGGCCACCAACCUGCUCAAGCUCUUCCUGGGGCAGGGACUGGCCAAAGACUUCCUGGACCUGCUCUUCCAGCUGGAGCUGGGUCGCACGAGUGAGGCUAACACCCUGUUCCGGAGCAACUCUCUUGCCUCAAAGUCCAUGGAGUCUUUUCUGAAGGUGGUGGGGAUGCGGUAUCUGCACGGCGUCCUGGGCCCCAUCAUCGACAGGGUGUUUGAGGAGAAGAAGUACGUGGAGCUGGACCCCAGCAAAGUGGAGGUCAAGGACGUGGGGUGCUCCGGGCUGCACCGCCCACAGACCGAGGCCGACGUGCUGGAGCAGAGCGCGCAGACGCUGCGCAUCCACCUGGGGGCGCUGCUGAGCGCGCUCAGCCGCUCCGUUCGCGCCUGCCCCGCCGUGGUCCGCGCCACCUUCCGGCAGCUUUUCCGGCGCGUGCGCGAGCGGUUCCCCGGCGCCCAGCACGAGAACGUGCCGUUCAUCGCCGUCACCAGCUUCCUGUGCCUGCGCUUCUUGUCUCCGGCCAUCAUGGCGCCCAAGCUCUUCCACCUGCGGGAGCGGCACGCGGACGCGCGCACCAGCCGCACCCUGCUGCUGCUGGCCAAGGCGGUCCAGAACGUGGGCAACAUGGACACACCGGCUUCCAGAGCCAAGGAGGCUUGGAUGGAGCCGCUGCAGCCCACCGUGCGCCAGGGCGUGGCUCAGCUGAAGGACUUCAUCACGAAACUGGUGGACAUCGAGGAGAAGGAGGAGCUGGACCUGCAGCGGACCCUGAGUUUGCAGGCUCCGCCGGUGAAGGAGGGGCCGCUCUUCAUCCACAGGACCAAGGGCAAGGGCCACCUCAUGUCGUCCUUCAAGAAACUCCACUUUUCCCUCACCACCGAGGCCCUCAGCUUCGCCAAGACGCCCAGCUCUAAGAAAAGUGCCCUCAUCAAGCUAGCCAACAUCCGGGCAGCGGAGAAGGUGGAGGAGAAGAGCUUCGGCAGCUCGCAUGUCAUGCAGGUCAUCUACGAGGACGAUGCGGGCAAGGCCCAGACCGUGUACCUGCAGUGCAAGUGUGUGAAUGAGCUGAACCAGUGGCUGUCUGCGCUGCGGAAGGUGAGCAUCAGCAACCCCGGCCUGCUGGGCUCCUACCACCCUGGCGUCUUCCGCGGGGACAAGUGGAGCUGUUGCCACCAGAAGGACAAGUCAGAUCUGGGCUGCGACAAGACCCGGUCGCGGGUGACCCUCCAGGAGUGGAAUGACCCUCUGGACCAUGACCUGGAGGCCCAGCUCAUUUACCGGCACCUGCUGGGCGUGGAGGCCGCACUGCGAGAGAAGCACCGGGAGCUGAGUGCGGGCACGGAGGCAGGCUCUGCGCGCACCGGCCCGGGGGAAGCCCCUGAGGACGCACUGGCCCAGCUCCUGCAGGUGCUGCGGGACCUCCAGGAGGCCCACCGCUCUGGCUCGGCCGGCCCGCCGCCCUCGGAGCCCCGCCACCCAGGGCCACUGCAGACAUGAGGCCUGCCCCGCCUCGCCGAGCCCCCUGCCAGGUGCUUGGAGACCCCCGGUGCGCUUUCGGCUCUUCACUCCCACUCCUGGGGGAGCAGGGCUUAGGGCUGUCGUGGGCUGGGUGAGCUGGGGGUCCAGAAGGCCCGUCCUUGGCUGCCCGAAGUCUCUAGGGGACUUGGCACGCUCUCGCUCUUCUGUGAAGCCUAGCUGCUCCCCAUGGCUCUUGUGGGCGCCGCUGGCGCUAGCCCAGACUCUCCAGGGACCCUCCCUCCUGCCCAGGGCAGACCUGGCAAGAAACCACUCCUAGGAUGGGCCGAGCCCAGGGGAACUGAUGCUUCUUGGACCCAGAGAGGUGGGAGGGAACACAGAGCGCAGGCGCCCAGGCCUUGACCUCAGCAUCCCCUAGCUCCUGGCCGCCACGCCCCCUCUCCCCUCCAGCCACUGGCUGGGCGCCCUGGGAGAGCUUCGCCGGUGCUCUGUUGCUGACAAUAAACCUGCUGUGACUGCUGGGCUCUGGGGUCUUGUGACAGGGGUCGGUGGAGGGCCUGGGCCCGGGGACUCCUGUGGCUCCUUGGGGGUGACCAACGACCAGCACUGCUGCCUUAGCCUUUGUGUAUCCUGUCUGCCCACCCCCCCACGUCGCAGGGGGACUCAUUUCUCCUCCCACUUGCUGUCCCCACCGUAACCUGGGUCCCACUGCUCCAUCCCUCACAGGGUAGAGCCUGAACGUGCCUCACCUUCCCUUCCUGGCCCUGGGGCUGCUGAGUCUGCGCCGCCCCUCCCCCAUCACCAACACCCUGUUCUCUGGCUCCUUCUUCAGAGCCUCACACAAGCCCUCCUUGGGUUUCCAGGACCUUGUGGUCAGGAAGUACAGACCCCAGGGUCUACUGCGCCCUAGAACAGAACAUGAAGGAGCAGAGAGGCGUGCCUUUAUGGGGCUGCCGCCGGACCUGGGAUGGGGAUGCGCGCAUAGCCACCCAGUGGCGACACCUUCCACCCUCUCCACAGAAGGGUCCUGGCGUGGGGUGGCCACUGCAGCCUGAAGAGGGGUUACAGCAAGUGCCUGGCACUGUCCCUGCUGUCCGUGUACCCCCCGCGGCCCCCCUGGGUUCUACCAGGCAGAGAGUGAGGCCCCCUCCCCCCAGCCAGCCCAGUUAAUAGCAUCCUUGGCCCAGACUUGGCCAGGAUGGCCCGGAGGGUGGAGGUUCCAGCCCUAGGGCACCAUGCCCUUC